CACAUGGUGUGUAGCAAUCGCUGGAUUCCUUCAGACCUGUUCCACCUAUUCAGCUUCAAACUUGGCAGAGGGAGAACACCGGCUGAGUAAAAAUGGCAAACAGAAAAGCCUGUCUCUUUGCAGCUCUGUGCUCCCUCCUCAUUGUUGCCAGCUUCAUCGGCAGCUCAGAGUCAGCGAGCUGCUGCAUGAAUUACACCAAGAAGAAGCUACCCUGCAAAGUCGUAAAGGGCUACACAAUUCAGCAUAUUAAUCGUUCCUGUGACAUCGAUGCUAUCAUCUUCCACCUCCGCGGGAGGUUCGUGUGUGCUGACCCUUCCAAGCUGUGGACCAUGAGGGUGGUGAAUUGUGUGGAUGAGAGGAUGAGGAGGUUCAAUUGAAUCCUAAGAGGGAAACCAUUGGACAAUGACAGCCACACUCCUGGAGCCAAAAUGGUUGAAGAAAAUAAAAUAAAUUAUAUUUAAGUUUCUCCCAAAGUCUCACUGAAGGGUAACAGGGAUUCUAUAAGUUUAUCUGUGACCUUUUUUAUCUCUUCUGUUUUAUAAACAGGAACGUGUAGUAUUAAUAAUAUCCCAAGUAUAGCUUUGCUAAAAUGCUAUAAAAUAAUCCUUUUGUAUGUUGGUAUUUCUUGUAUUAUUUUUGCUGUGAGAAAAAAAACAACCUUUGUUUUAAAUUAUUUUUCAAUAAAUGUACCUGAAAACUUCA